UAUCAGAGAUUGUGUGGUGUUCAGCUAGCAAGCACUUUAGUGACAGUAAAUUGAAGUUUCCGUUUAGAUUAGGGCAUGCCAAGCACUUAUCAAAACAUCAAAACAGCUCACGCACUGUUGGGCAUGUGAUUUUAAAAGUUUAGAUUAAAAAAACAUCACAUCAUCAAAACGAUCCUUAGCUGAGUUGCAGAACAGGUGGAUCUUCUUUCCCGUUCCCUCCAGUCUCCAAACGUUCUUAUUCCUGACACAAUGUGAAGUCGCGUGACUCCCGGACGUGUAUGGAUGAGUCCCUAGCUAGUUAUCUAGCUAACGCCCAUACAUUACAGGCAGAAGGUGAAGCACACCACUGCACAUAUGUUUUCUUACAUUAAACAAGCCUUUGGGAUCUACACAGAUGACUCCCAGUCCUCAGCUGACACAACAAGUGCAGUACAGCACACAGACUCGGGGACGGAAGUAAAAACGUCCCCUGAGGUGGAAACAUCUCCAGAGGUGAAAACGUCUCCAGAGGUGAAAACAUAUUCUGUGGUGGAAACAUCUCUAGAGGUGAAAACGUCUCCUGAAGUUAAAACAUAUUCUGUGGUGGAAACGUCUCCAGAGGUAAAAACACAUUCUGUGGUGGAAACAUCUCCAGAGGUGAAAACGUCUCCUGAAGUUAAUACAUUUUCUGUGGUGAAAACAUCUCCAGAGGUAAAAACAUAUUCUGUGGUGAAAACAUCUUCAGAGGUAAAAACAUACUCUGUGGUGAAAACAUCUCCAGAGGUAAAAACAUACUCUGUGGUGAAAACAUCUCCAGAGGUAAAAACAUACUCUGUGGUGAAAACAUCUCCUGAGGCAAAAACAUCUCCUGAGAUUGAAGUGUCAACAUCAGAUGUGAACAUUAGCACAAAUGAGAACCAAUCAAAAGGCAGAACUAAGUCUCAAGCUCCUCAGAUUUCUACUGUGACAGAUCCUACGUACAAGGUGACAACGGCGGUCUUCUGUACCCUGUGGAUGCUCACGAUGACCUCACUUGCUCUUGGUGUGGUCUUCUACUAUCGAGAGAUGUCAGUUCUGAAGAUCGAGAUCGACAAUCUAAGGAUAAAUGUCACUUCAUUAAUUGGAUUAGAAAAAACCAAGGUGGCAUUCGGAGCGUCUUUGAAAAAACAGAUGCAAGUGACCGUGGGACCGUACAGGGAAUUCCGCAUCCUGGUCUACGAAAACGUCUUCACUAAUGUUGGCGAUGCAUAUGACAAAGAAACGGGUAUGUUCACAGCGCCCGUGAAAGGCGUGUACCAGUUCAGCUUCACGGCCUUCGGGUGGAGCACCAACAUCCCCACCGCCGCCGAUCUGUAUAAGAACGGGGUGUACGUGACAGGCGCUUACGACAACAACCCCGGGCCGGGAAGGGGGACGGCACUGUCCGUCGCCCUGGAGAUGGAGGUGGGAGACGUCGUCUACUUGGGGCUAGCGAAGGGCAUGCGUGUCCACGACAACACAAACCACUACAAUGUGUUCAGCGGACACCUGCUCUUCCCCUUGUGGUAGGAAAGCCUCUAAAACACAGCGAGAAGAACCAAAGAAUAACUUUUUCAGUCAAACCUACAUUGUCGCAGUUGUGCAGGCCCUGUGUUGAGAAACUGUAAGAAUGUCAUUUUUUACAUAAACAUCCUGUUUUAUGCGUCUUGUGGCUAUGGACAGGAAACACAGGUUCAGUGGAAGUGGCUAUGGACAGACACAUGUUCAGUGGAAGUGAGUGUAAUGAUCAAUUUGUAUAGUCCAGAAGCAGUCGACAUAAUGACAAUGACCCAUUAACCUUUUUGUAAGUUAAAUAUAUAUUUUAUUGUAUAUAUCGGUUGUCUUAUCAGUUGUGCGUUUGACAUUUUUAGAGGGCCAGGGAAGGGGGUAUUUUUAGUAUGUUAAUAUUAACACAACUUUUUUUGAGAAGGGGAUCCUAAGGUGAGCUGUAUUGCUGCAUUAAACCGGAUUUCUCUGA